ACGUGGCCGGGACAAACAAACGAAUCCGAACGGUUAGUUAACAUUUUAAUUCAAGAAAAAUAAGUGAAAAUGUCGGACAAAGAUCUGGAUGCCAUUAUCCUGGUGACCCAGAAGGUUUUGGGCAAGUACCUUAAGAAGCCUCCGCUCACGGAGAAGCUGUUGAAGAAGCCACCAUUCCGGUUCCUCAUGGACGUCUUUAACAACUUUAUCAAGCAAACUGGCAAGUUUGAAGGUUUAUAUUCGCCAGAUGAGCAAAUGUUUGAGAAUAUUACUAGUCGGGAGGAUAAGAUACGAUAUCUGCAGAAAAUGAUUGAUGCAAUUAAACUAACCACUAAGUUGGAGCUCAAAGUGCGCACCUCGAAAAUAGUCGCUGGCCAGGAGCCGGAACUCACCAAUGAGCUGCUCCAGGCGAUGGCCAGUGUAGCGGAAAAGAGUUUGGAGUGGGAAGGCGUUGUGGACCAGGUGGUAAUUGCCCACAGCAAAACUCCACUGGCCAUCACGAAAAACCCGAAGGAAGCUAAGAGUUCCAGCAAGAAUCCAUCGCCCGCCGGCAAGGAGGAGGAUCCAAAGCGACGAAAGGACAAACGUAUUUCGCCACAGGAGCAAAAGCUGCGCAAGGCCAGCGAACAGCCAUCCCGAUCUUCUCCUCCAACGGAGAAGGAUAAGGCAACCCAGAAGAAGUCAAAGGUAGCCAAGGAUGAUCCCAAAUUAAGCAAGCAGAAUUCAAAGCAAAAGAGUCCCUCGCCGGUUAAACUAAAGUCGAAAACCAAGGUGCAGCUUUCCACCGAAAGCGAAAAUGCCAGCAUGUCCAUGUCGCCAGUGCCAGGAGGAGUAACCAAGCAGUCAGCUCCUGAAGCUGUUCCAGCCAAACAAGAGCAGGAAAUGGUUUCUCCUGCAAAGGCAAAUGAGGCGUUAGUGGAACCAGCCCAGGAAACUCCACAGGCUCCUGCCCCAUUGGCUCCACCACCUGAGCCAGAGAGUCGCAAAUCCUCCAGCAGGAGUCGCCGUUCCAGUGGUAGCCAAAGACAACCAGAGGCUAGUCCCACUGAAAACCAAUCCCAGCCAGCGGAAAGUAAUUCUCCGCCCGAUUCCAACAGCGAGGUGAAGCGGGAGAUUCCCAUGUCCAGAGAGAACUCCAAGGAAUCCAAUCAACGACCCAGAACCUCACUUAGACCUCCAUCCGCUCGACCAGCCUCCGCACGUCCAGGAGCUCCGCGGCGUCGAAAUGUGGAAAUCGUACUUCAACCAAACGAUCAAGUCAAGAUGUCCGGGAUUAAUGUCAAGUUGGAAACCUUUGGAGAUCUGGAUGAUGAUGGCGAGAACCUGGUGAUCAUAGAAGAUGCCACCGCCCAUGACAUUAUCGAAGGCGAAGGUGGAGCCGAGGAACCUGUUCUGGAGGGCCAGCUCGAUGCUCAGGGUCGACUGGUGCAGCAGAUCUUGGAGACCCAAAAGGAGUUGGUUCAUCAAAAUGCCGAAGUGGUGGAGCCUCCACAGAGUCAGGCGCGUCAGAGCUCCGCUCGCCAGGUGAACGACCUGCGAGAUGUGAUCCAAACUCUAACCAAGUCGAUUGGUCCAAUGGGAAAACUGCUGGACUUUUUUCCCGAGGACGUCGACGCAAUGCAACUGGAGCUAACCAUGUGGCGCGACAAUUACAACCAGGCCUCGUUGGAACUGAAGAGGGAGCGAAGUCUCACUGCGUCCGCCACGGAACCCAUGAAGCACCAGCUGCAGCAAAUCCAGGCCAGCAUUGUCGAGUACCGGGAGCUUAUCGACGAGAGUCGCCACAAGAUCCUGCAGAACAACUCGCGCAUCCUCAAGAUGAUGUUGGAACAGUAAAUGC